CUAUCAUAGGGUAGAGCACCGGCACUACCAUUAGCAGGACGGAUGAAUUAGUAUAUCGCAUUAUCCAUCCUUUUUAACUUUUAUUUUUGCAUUUUGAGGAGGGGCUCCAAUAAACAUUGUCCCCAGCACUCUGACCAACAGUGAAAAGCGGAUACAAGAUUCAAAAUGGGAAUAAAGGCUGCCCUUCCCAAAUUGGAGCUGUACCUCUACACAACGGUGCUUGCAAUUGCUUUGGUGUGGGCCGGGACCUGGAUACUUGAUGCUUCCAGUGAGAAUGUCAACAGGAAAGCAUUCAAGCAGAGUGUGAAACCAGGAUGGCACUAUUUUGGCAGGAAAAUGGAUGUUGCUGACUUUGAAUGGGUGAUGUGGUUCACAACAUUCCGCAAUCACAUCCUUUUCGCUCUGGCUGGUCAUGUGAUCUUUGCCAAGAUCUGUUCCCUGCUCUCUCCCAAGCGCAGGUCUCUGAUCUUUGGCGUAUACGGUGCUGUGGCAGUUCUUAUCACCAUGGGCUGGACCUUCAUGACGCUGGUACUGUCUCACUGCAUCAUCCUCUACAGUGUGUCCCUGGUCAAGAGGAAAUGGAUCUGCUUCCUGGCUGGUAUAGCUAGUCUGGCCUCCAUCAAGAUGGAGCCCUUCAAUAGCUGGCAGGAAAGCUUAGUGACCGGCUCCUUUGACCUCCAAGACAUCCUGUUCUAUGGAGGGUGUGGCUUCAGCAUCAUGCGCUGUAUGAGCUUUGCCCUUGAGAACUGUGAGAAGAAGGAUGGGAACUACUCACUGUCUGACUUGCUCAAGUACAACUUCUACCUCCCCUUCUUCUUCUUUGGACCCAUCAUGACCUUUGAUCUUUAUCACGUUCAGGCCAACAACCCUAACCUGACGCGCAAGGAAAGAGAGAUAUGGAACAUCACCACCCAAGCCUUAGUGCAUCUGGGAGCCAUUCUGGUGGUGGAUGCCUUCUUCCACUACCUCUACAUCCUGACCAUCCCCAGUGACAUGAAACUUGUCAAGCAGCUGUCUGACUGGUCUCUGGCUGGUCUAGCGUACUCCAACCUAGUGUAUGACUGGGUGAAAGCAGCGGUCAUGUUUGGAGUCAUCAACACUGUGGCUAAGCUGGACUACCUGGACCCUCCCCAGCCACCCAAGUGCAUCACCAUGCUCUAUGUCUUUGCUGAAACGCACUUUGACAGAGGCAUUAAUGACUGGCUGUGCAGGUACGUUUACGACUACAUUGGAGGAAACCAUGACCAGAUUUUCAAGGAGCUCUUGGCCACCAUCUGCACCUUUGCCAUCACAACUCUAUGGCUGGGUCCUUGUGAAUUGGUCUACAUCUGGUCCUUCUUCAACUGUUUUGGUCUCAACUUUGAGCUGUGGGUUGCCAAGUUCUUCUCCAUUCGACCCUUCUCCAGCAUUGAGUAUGCUAUGGGUGAGGCCAUGUCUCGUAGGAUCAGAGGGGUGUUCAACGCUGUCAACUUCUGGACCAUCGUCCUCUACAACGUUCUUGCUCUCAACAGCCUGGAGUUCGCCAAACUGGUGGGCAAUCGCCUGAUAGUUAAAGGUUUCCCACUGUCCUCGCUCUCUGUGCUGCUGGUGACCUACUGUGGCGUUCAGCUGGUGAAGGAACGGGAGCGGCAGCAAGCUCUGCUGGAGGAUCCAAAACCAGUGGAGGCCCCAAAGCCUGUGGAGGAGAUCAAAGAGAAAGCAGAGUAAAGGAAUGAGGUGUCAGUUGGUUGAGGACCUGAACAAACCGUCCCUCUCACCGUUUAACUUACUUGGUCUUCCUGUAUGUAACCAGGCCAACAACACCUCAUUGCUUACAUUAUACCAGUCUAGUUUUAGUUUGACAUACAAGGCCUUGUUUUUAACUUUGAAAUGUCCUGAAGUGCACUUGCUGUAGAUAAUCACCACAUGUUCUUCAGCACAAAUACACAAUAGUGCAUUUUAUAUUCACAUUUUAAUCUAAGAAAUGCUUUUUAAAGGUAUAGGCAUGCCACAUAUUUUAUGCAAAAAAUAAUAUAUUAAAGCUAUAUUAAAAUGGAAAGUUCAAUGUUUUGUUAAAUGUAUCAAUCAUCUACUCUAAGGAUUUGUCUUUUGUCUGGAUAAGACACAAACAAGACAAAAAUAAAUCCCAACUUUAAGCAGUACAUCCCACAACUCUUUACAUUAAGGUUAUAACAUCUUACUAAAAUAAUUUUGUCCCGGAGCCUGGUGUGAAGCCUUUACAUGGUGCAAAGAUCCUGGCUGUUCACCUCCCCCUCCUCUUUUAUCUUCUGCAAGAGAUUAGAUGUGGCAUUUCAGCAUAUCUCUCUUAGCCCCUCUCACAUGAUUCAGACUGCACCCAUGCCAGGGUUCCUGGUCACACUAUCAAAGCCAGUGGGUUUCAAAAUCAGGGAAUAUAGGUCAAGCAGAGUCCUGUCACCAAAACCUGCUUUUUGUCUCCUGUGAUGGAGAAUGUAGGCUACACUGUGUUCAUUCUCUGUAACUCUCCACUCAGGUUUCUAUGAUAUUUUGGUCAUUUAUUUGCCUGAAUUGGGGCCAUCAAACUAUCAUUUAUUCUUGAAGAUAUGUUUCUGUUCAGGCUGUGAUCUGUUGCAAUAAAAGAAGAAACUGGUUUUGAUAA